AUGAAUUCGAUUCGACAGGUGCCCACACGGGUGAAAAACAAACGUACUGAAACUAAUUUAGGAGCGGAGAGAGAGCACUUUGAAAAACAGCAGCUCAGCAGUAUCAGUAAAGCCAUUAACUCCACAGAGACGCCAGUGAAGGAGAAACAUGCACGCCGCAUUAUCCUGGGCACUCACAGAGAAAAGGGGGCAUAUACCUUUUGGUCGUACGCGAUUGGUCUACCGCUGCCCAGCAGCGCCGUCCUCAGCUGGAAAUUCUGUCAUGUCCUGCACAAAAUCCUGCGAGAUGGCCACCACAAUAGCUUACAGGACUGCAUGAGGCAUCACAGUAACAUUGUGGAGAUGGGAGUAAUGUGGGGAAAUCUACGUGACAAAUAUGGCUAUGGUCAGCUGGUGUCUCUGUAUUCCAAACUCCUCUGCACCAAGCUGAAGUUUCACACUAAGCACACUGAAAUCCGGCCCAACCUGGAAGCUUCAGACGAGCUUCUGGAACGCACUGCUGGAACGGAUAUCAACAACGUGUUUCAGCUGACCGUGGAGGUGUUUGAUUAUAUGGAUGCAGAGUUGCGGCUGGCAGAGACAGUGCUUCGACAGCUCAACACGUCCAUUGCCAUCUCUACGCUGACGUCUGGACAGUGUCGACUAGCCCCUCUCAUCCAGGUCAUCCAGGAUUGCAGUCACCUCUACCACUACACAGUCAAACUACUGUUCAAGCUACAUGCCUGUUUGCCAGCGGACACACUGCAAGGUCAUCGUGACCGAUUUCACGACCAGUUUCACAGUCUGAAGACCUUCUUUAACAGGGCCAGAGACAUGCUGUACUUCAAAAGGUUGAUUCAGAUCCCACGACUUCCAGACUCUCCUCCUAACUUCCUGCGGGCGUCUGCCCUGGCUGAGCAUGUGAAGCCAAUGGUCGUGAUCCCUGAUGAGGAGGAGCCAGAGGAGCAGGAGGACGAUGAUCCUGAACCGCUGAUUGACGUCAGUGAUGGUCCUCAGAUGAGCAGCGCGCCAACCCAGCCACAGGUUGACAUUUUUGACCAGGCAUUUGGACCACCCAAUAAUGGAUUUGAUGACAGAGAUCUGCAGAUAGACAGUUUAAAACAGGAGAUUGAGUUGCUGAAAGCUGAGCUGGAGAAGAUCAAAGCAGAGGCCCAGCGCUACAUCACCCAACUAAAGUCUCAGAUAAACAGUCUGGAGGCAGAGUUGGAGGAGCAGCGUGCUCAGAAACAGCGCGCCCUGGUGGAGAACGAGCAGCUCCGCAUGGAACUGGAGGCCACCAGACGCCGCAACGCUGAACACGAGAGUGUACAGGCCACCUUUGUCGAGGCUGAGAAGAGAGCCCAAGCCACUGAGCUGCGCUAUAACAAACUGAAGGAGAAACAUGCUGAACUGGUGGCUAACCACGCAGAACUGCUCCGCAAGAGUGCAGACACAGUGAAGAUGCUGUCAGCCACACAGCAGACACAGGAGGAGGUGGCCAGAACCAAACAACAGCUCGCCUUCGAAGUGGAUCGUAUCAAACAGGAGUCUGAGAUGAAGCUGGAGGAGCAGAAGUUUGAGAUGGACAAACUGAGGAGAGAACUGGAGGAGAGAAUGGCAGAGAUUCAGAAGGUCAAAGCCACACUGCAGAGCAGUGAGGAGGUGGGUAAAGAGAUAAACAGCUCCAUGACAGCCCUGCAGGCGGAGAAGGAGAGACUGAUGCGCUGUGUGAGUGAGAAAGAAGCUGAACUCUCCUCUUUGAAACAGAGCGCCCAGCUCAAAGAGUCCUCCCUACAGCAGGAGAGAGACAGGAGCACUAAGGAGCUGGGAGAACUGCAGAGCAAACUCAGAGAGAAGUCGAAUCGGGAGGAGCAGCUGCAGCAGAAGAUGUUGGAGGAGCAGUUCUCUCUGCUGCUGGGUACGGUGACAGAGGCUGAGAGCAUUAUACAGGAUGCUGUGGCCAAACUGGACGACCCACUGCACGUCCGCUGUACCAGCUCUCCAGAUUACCUGAUCAGCAGAGCUGAGGCCACGCUCACUUCCAUUGACAAAGUGCAGAAAGGUCAUGCCGACUAUCUGAAGAAUAUGAGUGAUGCUGGUGGCCUGCUCAGGGCUCUUACUCAGUUUUCUCAUCUCACCGCUGACACCAUCAUCAAUGGCAGUGCUACAGCUCACAUGGCACCAACAGACCACGCCGACCGCCUGACAGAGAACUGCAGGUCGUGUGGAACACAAAGUCUGCAGUUCCUCAGAGAGCUGAAGUCUAAAGCCAGUCUAAAGGGAGCUGACCCUGCUUCUAUCCGCAUAGUUAUACAGAAGAUUCUCCAGCUGGGGCAGGAGCUGCGGCCUAAAGGCAUGGAUGUUGGGAAGGAGGAGUUGGGAGAUCUGGUGGAUAAGGAGAUGGCGGCCACCUCGGCGGCCAUUGAGGAGGCCGUGAGGAGAAUAGAUGAAAUGAUGAACCAGGCCAGGAGGGACACGCAGGGGGUGAAGCUGGAGGUCAAUGAGAGGAUUCUCAACAACUGUACUGACCUGAUGAAGGCGAUCCGUAUGCUUGUGGUGGCCUCCACAGAUCUGCAGAAGGAGAUUGUAGAGGGUGGAAGGGGGGCAGCCACUGUGAGGGAGUUCUACGCCCGAAACUCUCGCUGGACUGAGGGUCUCAUCUCUGCCUCCAAGGCUGUGGGAUGGGGGGCCACACAGAUGGUGGACUCUGCUGAUAAAGUGGUCUUACACACAGGGAAGUACGAGGAGCUCAUCGUCUGUUCCCAUGAGAUCGCUGCCAGUACUGCCCAGCUCGUUGCUGCCUCCAAGGUGAAAGCAGACAGAGGCAGUAAGCGAUUGAGCACCCUGCAGCAGGCCUCCCGUUAUGUUAAUGAGAUGGCCGCUAAUCUAGUGGCCUCCACCAAGACUGGCCAGGAACAGAUCGAGGACAAGGACACUAUGGACUUCUCAGGCAUGUCUCUCAUCAAACUGAAAAAGGAGGAAAUGGAGUCACAGGUGAAGGUGCUGGAGCUGGAGUCUAUGCUGGAUAAUGAGCGUCUGCGUCUGGGCGAACUCAGGAAGAAACAUUAUGAGAUCGCUGGGGUCCCACUUGACCAGCUCUCUGAGGACAACAGCUUGGCUGGCCCCGUGGCCAAACCUGCCCCCUCUUCCCCAAAACCCUCUAAACCUGCUCUUAUGAAGAAACCAGCCCUCGCCCAAAAACCCAAUAUCCCUCCCAAAACCACCGUAAGACCCUUAUGA